GGUGGCGUUUAAAGCUCAAGAAACACGUCUGUUUAUUCUACUUUCGAUGUUAUUUAUAAAAUAUAUGAACGAUUAGUGUGGACGGUAGGAAUUAGGAUCCAAUCAUUCAAUGAUCCAAGCAGAUCCAAGUGACGGUUUAUUCUUAUCAAAUUCUCCAUAUAUAGUAUAAUUUCGAACUUCUUAAUUAAUAUUGUAAUACAUUCAACAUAAGAUUAACAUAAUAUAAAAAAUGGCACAAGAAGUAGAAGAAACUAUGAAACGUAUUCAGUCUCAUAAGGGAGUAGUUGGAACAAUUGUAGUCAAUGCAGAAGGUAUUCCAAUCAAGUCUACGCUGGAUAACACUACCACAGUUCAGUAUGCAGGUUUGAUUAGCCAACUGUCAGAUAAAGCUCGAUCUGUUGUUCGAGAUCUAGAUCCAACAAAUGAUCUUACUUUCCUACGCAUUCGUAGUAAGAAACAUGAGAUAAUGGUUGCUCCAGAUAAGGAAUUUAUACUUAUAGUAAUUCAGAACCCAGUUGAUUGAUAUCCAAGAAAAGAGAUAACAUAUAUGAAAAUAUAUGCUUUACUUGUUGAUGAAUUAUUUUACAUAGCACAUUCCAUUCUAACUUUAACUAUUCAUUAUUACUCUUACAGAAAAGCAGUGUUUGAUUUCUAUUUCACAAAUAACUUUAGAAAUGUGCUUUAUAAUUGCUUCCAAAGAUUGAAAAUCACGCAUGCUACUUUAAAACAAAAAAAUAAAAAAAAAAAUGUUAAUCAUUAAUUUAACAUUUUGAUAGUUACAGUCUUGUUAAAUUAAAAGUUUUUAUUUAUUUAUUAUAAAUUAUAAGUAAUACAUUUGACUGAUUUGUGUUACAUAAUUCAAAUUGUUGCUUUUAAAUAAAUUUUGGUUACAAGGAAAUUAAAUAGAUUUUAAUGUU